CACUUGAAUGGAGGCCGCGAGAAAGAGCAAACAAGAACUGCGCUCCUCGGGUGUAUAACGGUUUUUAAGUGUUCGGACUUGCACACGAGGGCUGUUUGCCGCUUCUGAAGACACAGAGAAGCGCCACAAAUCCCUGGAGGAUCGCAGAAAGGCCGGAUUAACCGAUAAGAAACUUGUAUCAAGUUGACGAUCUGAACCGGGCCGCGAGGAUCGCCAAAAGGAGUCCGAUGUGAGUUUUGGCAAACGGAAGUGACUCCGCCACUGAUAGCUCCAGUAUGGGGAACGGGGAGAGUACGCCAGACCCUGCCCUGCGACACAACACCACCGCAGCAAGCAUGAAGAGCCCCAUGCCGGACCAGACAGAGCUAGAGGAGAGGUUCGCCAGAGUUUUGGCGUCAAUGGACCUCCCCCCUGACAAGGCCAAGGUGCUGAGAAGUUACGACAACGACAAGAAAUGGGACCUGAUCUGUGACCAGGAAAGAGUCCAGGCCAAAGAGCCCCCACACACCUACCUACAGAAACUACAGGGGUACAUGGAUGUCAACACAGCCAAGAAGAAGAGUAGUCGCAAGAUGCUGGAGUCCACACAGGUGCUGAGAGACAUCGAGAUCUCGCUCAGGACUAACAACAUAGAGUGGGUGAAAGAGUUUCUGAACCAGGAGAACAGUGGACUGGAUGUGUUGGUGGACUAUCUCACCUUCACUCAGAUACAGAUUGUCUCUAAAGACGACACAUUCGGCAGCAUGUCGGCCAACUCCAGCCUGAGGAACAUGGUCGGCUCCAGUCCGUACGCAAAAAGUCCGUCCCGCAAGUCCACCAAGAAGAACCGAGACGUGGGCACAACUCGGGAGCGGGAAGACGUGCACGUCUGUAUCAUGUGUCUCCGCGCCAUCAUGAACUAUCAGCAUGGGUUUAACAUGGUGAUGGCCCACAAGAUGUGUGUGACGGCGAUCGCUCUCAGUCUCAACCAUAACAGUCCCAGAACGAAGGCCCUUGUCCUUGAGCUGCUGGCAGCCAUGUGCCUGGUGAAGGGAGGGCACGAGAUCACACUCAAGGCUUUCGACAACUUUAAGGAGGUUUGCUACGAGACGAAGCGGUUUGAAAAACUGAUGGACUCCUUCUGUACAGAGGAGAGCAACAUUGACUUCAUGGUUGCCUGUAUGCAGUUUAUCAACAUUGUUGUGCACAGUGUAGACGACAUGAACUACAGGGUACACCUACAGUACGAGUUCACUCAGCUGGGCCUGGAUACUUAUCUAGAGAAACUGAGAAACACAGAGAGUGACAAGUUGGGGGUUCAGAUCCAGGCGUACCUGGAUAACAAGUUCGACGUCGCGUCUCUGCUGGACGACUCGGAGACAAAGACGGCCGCUCUGGAGAGAGUGGUGGAGCUGGAGGAGCAGGUCUCACAUCUGAGUGAGAAGCUGCAAGACCUCGAGGAGGAGUCUUUAGUAAAAAGUCUUGAACUUGAGCGGCAGCUGGCCGAGGCGUUGAGGGAGGCAGAACUUCUCAAGGAAACAUGUGCCAAAGCUGACACGGAGGUGACGACUCUUCGCCGGCUGGUGAAACAGAAGGACGAGGAAGUCAUCAAACACCAGACACUGCUGGACUCCAAACUGCAGGAGUUGCAGCUUCAGCGUCGAGAGGAGGCAGACGGAGCCUCGUCGCCAGGGGAACACGACGACAAACGUGCCGCGCCGAUCCUCUCCAUCCCCCCUCCCCCUGCCGAACCCUACCAGACUGACGCAGGUAACAAAGUCCCAAGACCGAGUUCGCUGGCCCCGGCAGCAGGUGCACCAUCAUCAUCAGCAGGGGACUUGCCGCCACCACCCCCUCCCCCUCCUCCCCCUGCACCACCCCCUCCCCCACCCCCGGGCAUGCCCCCACCCCCUCCACCACUCCCUGGGGCAGCCAUGGCAGCCCUGAAGAUUAAGAAGAAGCAUGUUCCAAAGUUCCGGCUGCCGGUUCUGAACUGGGUGGCGCUGAAACCCAACCAGGUGAAGGGGACCGUGUUCAGCGAGAUCGACGACGACAAGGUCAUCGAGGAACUAGACAUGACAGACUUUGAAGACAACUUCAAGACGAAGGCUCAGCCUCUGGACUCCAAGGAGGAUUCCAUCGCUAAGAAGAUAUCUGAGAAGUCUAUAAGGAAGAGGGACCAGGUGACUCUGAUUGACGCCAACCGGGCAAGAAAUCUUGCUAUCUCCAAAAGAAAGAUUGCGCUCGACAAUGACCAGAUCUUCAGAGCCAUUGUCAUGUUUGACCUGAAUGUGCUGAAUGUUGACCAGGUGGACAUUCUUAUCAAGUUUGUACCCACGGAACAAGAGGUAAAGGCGUUUCGAGAGUACGAAGUCAGGGACAGAAAACCAGUGGAGAAACUCAGCGAUGAGGACAAGUUUAUGUUACAGUUCAGUAAGAUCGAGAGGAUACAGCAGAGGUUGACAAUCAUGAACUUCCUGGGAAACUUUGAGGAUAACAUCCACAUGCUAACACCUCAACUGAACGCAGUGACAGCAGCCUCCAUGUCCAUCAAGGCCUCACAGAAGCUCAAGAAAAAACUGGAGAUCAUCCUGGCGUUUGGUAACUACAUGAACAGUUCCAAGAGAGGAGCAGCAUACGGCUUUAAGCUACAGAGUCUGGACACGUUGCUGGACACUCGCUCCACAGACAGGAAGCAGACGCUGCUGCACUACAUCGCCAGAGUUGUUGCCAUGAAGUACCAGGACAUCGCCACCUUCCACAACGAGCACAGGUUCAUCGAGAAGGCUUCUCAAGUGUCCUUGGAGAACGUUCUGUACGACGUCCGAGAGCUCCUUAAAGGAAUGGAGCUAGUGAAGAGAGAGUUCUCCUUCAAUGAAAACCCCAUCUUGAGGGACUUCUUGGAGGCAUCUCAGGAUAAGCUGGACAAGCUGCAAGACGACGCCAAAACUGCUCAGGAAGCAUACACAACAGCAGUGGAGUACUAUGGAGAGAGUCCGAGGACGUUGUCUCCAAACCAGUUCUUCUCUUUAUUCGUCCGUUUCACCAAGGCAUACAAGGAUGCAGAAGUGGAGAAUGAGAAGAGGCUGAGGCAUCAGCAGGCUGAGGAUGAAACAAAGGCAGUGAAGAAGCAGAAACAGAGCAGACAGGAGCAGAUGAAACAGAGUCAGGAUGCUCUCCUGGCAGAGUUGAAGCAGAAGAAGUUUAAGGACCAGAAGCCGGACGCGUAUCACGGGGCGAUCGAGGACAUCAUCACAGAUCUGAAGAACGAACCAUACCGACGGUCGGACGCACUUCGGCGCAGCUACCGCCGCAAACAGGAGGAAAACCUCAAGGUCACCAUCAGCAGUGAGAUGGACGUGUGACCUUGACCUGAAGGUCGUGACCUUGAUCCACAGGUCACCUCUCUGAAGGUUACUGACUCCAAAAGUCUAAUCUAUAUACAAACAUAACUAAUUUAGUGAUGCCUUUCAUGAGUACAUGUUCAUCAAAUAGAGCUGUUAGGACUUGAAAAGGUGUGUAUGCAUCAUAUCAUCCUGUGCACAGGAAUUGAUGAUGUCACUGCUCUGGCCAAGCUUGAAGCAAAAGUGAAUUUAGUUGUCUCCAAAAUUUAUAUUUUAUAUAUCAAAGACAAUUAAAAAUGUAAUCUCAUGAAGAAAGUCUGUGUUUGAAAACAGAUGUUUAUUCUCCAAGCUUUUCUCAUUCGCUGCAUUGUGCCUUGUCAAGGUCAGACAAAUUCAAUUCUGUGGACGACAUCCCUGAAAACCCUGUAUUUGAUGCUAGAGAACGAGGUAAAAUAUGUCUCAUUCAUGACAUUUGUGCUUAUAUUUACGACAAUCAUGUGAUGUUCUCUUCCUUUGUGUUAGACUAAUGAAGGGUUUCUGGCACUUCUCAAUAUUUGGCCACCUGUUACAGACUGAGUACUGUCACCUAUUGUUGCCCAUUCGUGAAAGGAUCAAGAUGUCGUCGUUUUUCU